AAAAAACCUAUAAUAAUCCCGCAAAAGCGGAUAAUACGGACGCAGUCACUUGGCAAACAGCUCGCCUGCGUCCCAUACUUCUGCGCAGGCGCAGAAAGGAAACAGGGGAAGCGGUAGGCAGAGCCCAAGGGGCCGCAAGGAUUGCUGGGAGUUGUAGGCCGAGCGGGGCCCGUAGCCACAAGUGCUUUGGAAUGGAGCUGUUGCAUGGGGUUCUGGGAGCCGUAGCCAAGACAGCCCCACAGCCUUGUGGGAGUCGUAGUCUCCGGAGCCACUUCCGUGCGGGGCUUCCGCAUGUCUAGCAGCUUGGCCAUCCCAGCACCACAUUCUGCAUAAAUCCAGGAGAAGCGGACCCUUCGCACCCGCCUGGACCCCGCGAUGCCGGCCCCGCAGUGCGCCUCCUGCCACAAGGCCCGCGCCGCCCUCCGCCGCCCGCGCUCCGGACAAGCGCUGUGCGGCGCCUGCUUCUGCGCCGCCUUCGAGGCCGAGGUGCUGCACACGGUGGUGGCGGGCCGCCUGCUGCCGCCCGGCGCCGUGGUGGCCGUGGGUGCCUCGGGCGGCAAGGACUCCACGGUGCUGGCGCACGUGCUGCGCGAGCUGGCGCCGCGCCUGGGCAUCUCGCUGCAGCUGGUGGCGGUGGAUGAGGGCAUCGGCGGCUACCGGGACGCGGCGCUGGCGGCCGUGCGGCGCCAGGCGGCGCGCUGGGAGCUGCCGCUCACCGUCGUGGCCUACGCCGACCUCUUCGGGGGCUGGACGAUGGACGCCGUGGCCCGCAGCACGGCCGGCUCGGGCCGCAGCCGCUCCUGCUGCACCUUCUGCGGGGUGCUGCGGCGGCGGGCGCUGGAGGAGGGGGCGCGCCUCGUGGGAGCCACGCACGUCGUGACGGGCCACAACGCGGACGACAUGGCGGAGACGGUGCUCAUGAACUUCCUGCGGGGCGACGCGGGCCGGCUGGCCCGGGGCGGGGGCCUGGGCUCCCCGGGCGAGGGGGGCGCCCUGCCGCGCUGCCGCCCGCUGCAGCUGGCCUCGCAGAAGGAGGUGGUGCUGUACGCGCACUUCCGCCGCCUGGACUACUUCUCCGAGGAGUGCGUGUACGCGCCCGAGGCCUUCCGCGGCCACGCGCGCCACCUGCUCAAGCUGCUGGAGGCGGCGCGGCCGUCGGCGGUGCUGGACCUGGUGCACUCGGCCGAGCGCCUGGCGCUGGCCCCGGCCGCCCGGCCCCCGCCCGCCGGCGCCUGCUCCCGCUGCGGGGCGCUGGCCAGCCGCGCGCUCUGCCAGGCCUGCGCCCUCCUGGACGGCCUGGACCGCGGCCGGCCCCGCCUGGCCAUCGGCAAGGGCCGCCGGGGGCGGGACGAGGUGGGGCCGGCGGGGACUCCGCGGGAGCGGGAGCGGGUCCAACCCCCAGCCCCCCGGGAAGCCGUUCCCUCUGUUCCCACCUUCUAGGGACCCCAGUUCCCCGUUGGGGCGCCUGUACAUGACACUGUGAAUAAA